UAGUUUACUUGUAAGAGAGAUAAGGGCACAAAAGGCUUGCAGUAAAGUUACUCCUGUCAAAAACCACCUGUUUUGCUAGAUGCAUGUAUUGCUUCUUUACUAAAUCAUCUGUUCUAAUAAUAAGAAAACUAUCUGCAUCAGUACAGAAGAAAAAAUGUCGCGUAAAAUUGCAGGUCAAGGUCAAACGGGUCACAGCUGAAGCAUGAGCAACCUGCAAAGUCACUACAACGUAUUCAUCCUGCAAAACCCCCGGCAAUCUCAUGCUGUCAUCUGAUCCCCAUCCUAACCUCCACCAAUAAAACAAUGGAGACCAAAAAGCACCAGAUUCCCUCCUAAACAACCUUCAGAACCACUACUUAAACCCCCCCUCAGAAAUGCCACCAAAACCAUUCCUCUGAUCGAAAAGCAAAAACACGCCGAGAAGCCAUCAUCUUCUCCUGGACCUCUGAAGAAAAAAUCACCGCCAUGGACAUGAGGAAGAGAUCGUCAUCACCAUUGCCUUCUCUGAACGCGCCGUCCUUGGCCCUCCUCCUGCUGCUCGUCUUCAUUGCAGCAGAAAGCAGCGGCCGCCACCGCGCCAAGGCGCAGGUGUUCUGCCGGUCGCAGUUCAACCUGGCCAACGAGGCCUGCAGCCUGCGCACCUUCUCCGGCCCCAACCCGGCGCAGCCGCUGCAGCUGCACAGCAACGGCUCCUCGGCGUCCUACGAGGUGCAGGCGGACCACCACGACCAUGACCACGGCCACGCCCACGAGCGGGAGCGGGAGCACACCGCCCACAGGCGGCGGCACGGCCUCGGGCAUGGCGGCCGCGACCCCUACGACACCGCCUGCUGCCGUCGCCUCAUGGGCAUUGACAACGCCUGCAUCUGCCAGGCCAUGUCCUUCCUCCCGGUGUUCAUGAGCAAGGUCAAGCACGCCAUCAAGCUCAGCCCCGUCCCUGGAUGCGACGUCUCCUUCGAGUGUGGUGCCAUCUAGUGAACUCAAGCUGGCAAGGGCGGCAGCAUCACUCGGAACCAUUUUUGGGUUCUUGGUGCCUAACUUUUGAAACACAAUAAACAUAUAGGGAAAACUAUGCUUCAUCACC